CUCGGACACAACCUCCUCAAGGCAAACCGCUAGACAGUGGCACAUCUGCCCGAGCAUAGCAGAGCUAGUUCUUUUAUUGUCCAGUUAUUAUCUCAACUGUGAAUGCUCUGCAAGCCCGUCCGACUAUGCAAUUGUUGGUUCCCUUCGGCGACCCCCGCGGUUCAUGCGCCUCAUCGCGCAAACCAACCCGCGAACUGACCAGUCAACAGAACGUCCAACAACUACUACCUUCAAGCAAACCUUCAAAACCGUUCCUAUAAUAAAGCCUUGACACGAUGGGCAUGUUUCACGUCCUCAUAUUAUUCACCGCGUGCACUGGUAUUCCAGGCCUUUCCCAUAGAAUCGCUAUGGCCUUUCUUGAAGUUGGUGGUGGUUGAAGCGUGUUCUCGACAUCCCGUCAUCCAUACUUCGCCGAGCUUGUCUGCAUCAGUGGUAGAGGGAAUUGGCUGAUUCUCUGCCCUAUGUCGCCUUGCAAAAUGACAGAUCUUUGGCAGAUGCAGAGAUAGCGCGCGAAUCAGCUUGGAAGUCAAAUGUGUUCCUCCAAACCCGGACCCUAGUUAAAUUUCGACGCGUAAAAAAGCUUGUACCUGUCUCCACUCCUUUGUCCUCCAAUUUUGGAGCGCAUUUUCCUCAGGCUAUACCAGAAUACCGUCAUAAAUACACCAUCAGGGCGAUGGUUCGGAAAAAUAAAAAGCAAAGCUUUCCUCGCAAGGUUCCGCGAUAAUGGUAGUCUUAAGCGACGAAAUAGGGGACAAAGGAGUGACCGGAACUGAGCGGACAAAAAUGAACAGAACCAGAUAUAAUGAACAUUUGGAAUAAGAUUUCCUGCUGCCUGGGCUGCACUACAAUAUAUAUAUUUAUAUAUACCAUCCUGCAAAUCACUGGUGCGCCUCCUGGCGUGUCCUACUACUCUCGAAUCGCCACUUAGGGUGAGAUUUUCCUUGAUUCAGUUUGUUGGUACGCGAGCUUACACAUCGGAGAGGCUACCAACAGAGUAUGCCGUCAUGAUUGCCAGGGCCCUUGAUCUUGCAUGCAUCAUAUGUGCGGCCAUGCUUGACGGGUACCAAUAUCGCUAAUGCACAACACAUGCGGGACGAGGCAGAAUCGUUUCCCCAGUUGCCGCUCCGCAGCCGUAUGUGAGGAGGAACCGUUGGCAGGAGACGCUCUUGCGCCUCAAUUGUAGGCAGUAGACGGACCGCCCUGGACUUUUCUCGGGUGUGUAUGGAGCAGCAAACUUAGCAUCCACUUGUCAGUCACACUAACUACUGGACCAUCGCGGACAACUGCCUGAUGCAGUGGUUAAAAUAUAUUUAUAGCCCCACCCGCCAUAUGCCACAUUCUGGGCGCGAUUACAAUUACCAGAUCAGCUCUGCUCCCAUGAUCCCCUAUGGGAGCUAUUUAAAUGUCCUAAAAGAAACCAACUUUAAAAGCGAAAUAUGGCGGAGAAAUGGCACUAAUGGACUAAAAUUCCAGAUGGAAAAUAGGGGACCCUAAGGGGAAGCGGCUUCCAGGGAUUGGUCCGCGAUUGCCCAGUCGCUGAUACCAAAGACAACCGCGUCUCUAGUGAGAGGGGCUCUGCUUGCCCUUCUUGAGCUCCGCAUUCAACGUCUUGCAUGAGUUUAACGGCUUUGUGAACCCAAAGCUGAAAUACUGCAAGGAUCCCUUAGAUGUCUGUAUUGCCUUUAUAGUCGCUGCAGUCAAACAACUGCAGUGAGCGUUUCUGCCUCUGCUUGCAUUUUCCCGUAAGGCUUAAAAGCGUGCCUAUCCCCUCCCCAAGCGUUGUUGUUCAUUUCUCCACCGUUCACAGUCACCCAGCGUCGACGAUGACGAAUAAUACUUCUAUUCCAGAUCCAGAAACAAUACGAGUGGCUCUGGAAGAAGCCAGAAAUAGUGAAGACGGCCGAAUCGAUCCCAGAAUGACGUCCAUUCUCGAACUAGCUAUUGGCGAAGUCUGGCGCAAAGUGCAAGCGGAGCCGGACACUUAUAUCUUGACCCGCGACGAAUUCGCACUUUUCAACUACUUCCUCGAUCGAUUCCGGGGCCCAGUUGCUCAGCGCGCUGUGGAGCGGUAUUGGAACAGUUGCAACGACCACCGUUCUGAGAAUGACUGUCGACGUUAAUAUGAUGCGUCACACGAAAUGUUUUUCCCACUUCAUUAUAACAUCCGCAAACAACCAUCUGAAUCCUGAGACACUACGCCUCCAACUCUUCUACCUACCUCGAAAUUUCCGCUUACGGCCCCGCAAUCACGUAGUUCAAAGCCACCCGUUUCUAUCCAACGUUCGUCAUACUCCCUGCGUCCGCGACUUGUUUCAUGAUUCUGCGGUCCCUUAGAAUUUUUUUAACCGUUAAAUCCGGCUAGAUUUUGCUUCUUACAACAUUUUUCUGUUCAGCGGCCUAUUAUAUGCCUUUCUGAACCAUUGGCUCUAUGCUUGUAAUUUUUAUAUUACGUUCUUGUUUGCGCAUCUACAUUCAUUGCGAUAGUUUUUAUUUUUUUUAUUUGUAUUUCUGUUGACUCCAAAUCGGUUCUACUGCUUCUUUCUCAGAGAUUCUUCACAUUUCUUUUGAUAGUCAUAUAUCAUCCCUUUAUUCGCAUUGCAGGUAUAAUCUGCAAAGAAACCCACAGGAGAUCAUCACCUCCUUUUCCGCACAUACGCCAUAAAGCUAGGGUGCCACCCAUAGCUAUCAGCCCGAGUGGUAUAGGAGUCGACAGGUUAUUUCAUUUAUGAAUGAUUUUGAUUCACCGGCUACCUCCCACAUGCAAGCGUACUUAAGUACCAGGCUUGAAGGUCGCGUUUUUACUACGUCACGCUUUCGAGUAUUACAAAUAUCCCAUGCUAAAGUACCUAAAGUUUUAGCUAGCUCAGUCAGCGUUGACCGGACCGAUCAGUACUUUCAGUCAGUCGGGGUUUGUCCCCUUCAUCAACGCUGAAUCAUAGCGUGCCCGUGAGCCUCGCUCGAUUCGAAUACUAAGCGGCUUCCACAAUCAUUGCCAAAUCCAUUGCACGAAAGAACUAUCAGCUUUGGAACUAUUUCGAUCCAGUGCGCGAACCUGUCGAGAAUACCGAUUUGACUUUCUUCUACAUCGUGCGAAUGCAUCUUUCUCUUGGUUCUGUUUGCAUGCCGUGAGGUGACGGAAAAUUCCUGUAUCAAGGCAUGCUGUGCAUACAGCAGAGAUACCAUGCUACCAGGCCUUUUAUCGAUUAUCGAAAUGUCGUCAUGAAAAUGCAGAUUGUCUCAACCUACAACGGACACGCUUUGGAUUGUUGUUUAAUUUAUUACUUACUGGUUUUGCUGUUUUUCAGGGCUCCCAAUUUCCUUUUAAUUUAUUGAUUUCGGUUGCUUCUUGUCGCAUUUCCAGUGAAAUUUAUGAGACUACGAAUUUACGUCGGUUUUACUCAUGCUGUUCUAUUUUAAAAGCUCCGGUCACUAAUGUUGGCUCCCAUGAAUUAUGAAAUUCCAGUUAGAGAUCCACACCUCACCUUCCUUUGAUACUUUUGGCUAUACUCUAUCAUUGUAUCUUGUUGCGUUUUACGGGUAAUAUGUCAUGUGGAUCCGUACAGAGUAUACUAUUGUUAAACAUCCAGUGAAUUUACCCCAUAGUUCAUUUGGAGCCCUCCUGCGCAACUCAUUUUCCACAUAGCCCAGAGGGUAGUUAUGCAGUUGCUUUUAUCCGCUUGUCGAUCGUUGGCUGCCUCGUUAGUGGGAAUUCCCUCCAUGUCCGACGGGACACCUCAUGCCCGGACGGCAUAUGAGCCGCAAAUGAGCUCUGUACAAAGUACCCUGGGUAGUCAGCGGUUCAAGCUUGAGAUGGACUAAAAUAUGGCCCCGUACUUUUCGCUUCUGUCACGUUCCUCUCCGGUGUUUGACUUACGAACACCGGGAACCUACAUUUUUGGAGAGUCUGAAAGACUUCCGGUUACGUUGCAUGAAAAUAACGGUUGCUGGCUUGAAAUAGACGCAUCAACGCAUGGCGGGCUACAAUCCUCUUUGAGACGUUUUGCCCGUAUCUGCAGAAGGACAAGCAAGAAUAAGAUGGAAAAGGAGAUACUCGGGGUCCGAAAUAUAGCAGUUUGAUCCUUUGAACCUAGAUUUCCACCAGAUUUCCACAAAUGUUCCGAACUAUUUCUCGCCUACACGCCGCUACCUUCGAUUCCUUGCAUCUGCCGCUUAACCCUUGGUCGUCCACCAGUUUUAGCGUUUGAUCCUUUGGAGCUGAUAGACGGCCUGUACUCCGAACAGAAACCUUGGACAUUUCCCCAGUCCACGCUCCAUGACUCGCAUCAUAUUCCUGAAACGGCUGGAUGCAUGUACCCGAACAGGCUUCAAGCCUUUCUGGCAAUGGCAACCAGCCACCCGCUUCUUAGCUAGUUGCAUGCUGCCAGAAUUUCUUCCUCCGGCUUUCCGUCGCGCCAUUUGCUAAACCGCCGCCACGUGCAGCAUGAUGGCCUAAGCAACAAUCCAACAUGAUUACCUCAGGAAGUGGCCUCGUUUGUCGCUUUUUCCAACGUAUGGCAUGGACAGUUUAGCCAACAUCAGCUCGUAUCUUUUCUGACAGUCCCAAGCCUACUUUUUUUUGAGAGGUGAUGUAUCACUUUCUUUUCUCUGAUUCCGUCUUGGAUAAAUUUGCUAUGGCCUUCUAAACGACGUUAACUUACCCUUACAGCAGAAAGUUACGUUCAGUCAGGGCUUACUUCUAAUUAUCAUCACUUACCGAUAUCGGGCUUACUUUUCUCGUUCAUGUGCAUCGUCAAGUACUGGCAUAUUCAACUCUCCAGAUGUACAGUAACUAAUAUCCGCAGCCCACAUAGAUAGAGUGCAUGGGGAUUUUUGGUUUGGCGCAACUCCCGCUCCACGGAGAACAACCCCCCGCCUUUUGCUCUCGUUAGGCCCGACGGACCAAAGGCCCUGAUGGCAGGGAAAAGGCAUGGCGGGGGCCACUACUUGAUCACUUCCCCACAAUGUGGGGAAGCUUUAAUUGUUGUCAUCAUUUAAUAAUACUAACUUACGCAUCAUUGGUAGUAAGUUACUAUCUACACUAGCGCAAUGCUGUUACUUUGGUCAAGAACAGUUACAAGAAAAUUUCCAUCAUCCAACAUCAGCAAGUAUUGAAGCAUAUACUAUGGCUUCUCAAAUAUUCCAACUCCUGGGGCCAUUAUUCUGCGCAACCAGCAUGCCCAGGCAUCAAACUGUGAGCAUGACUGUUAGCUACUCGUUUCCGAGGUUUCCUUGUGCCUUCCACGGAAUCAGUUGAGCAAGAUCAAGAUUGCCGCCAUCAUCUCAGCGCCUUACGGGGACUAACUCCAGGUCUGUUACCAUAUUGGGCAUGAUGUUGCUUCAUAUAAAAAUUGAGCUGUGAGAGAACCUGGUGACAUCCUCAACAGCGUGCUGGCAGCAGGCUGUUUCAUAAAUUGCUAGUUCAUUUCCAUGAUGGCCUUAUCUUGCCAGAAUACUCUCACAAGCCCUUGAAGGCCUUGGUGUUGGCUUUCAAUCUGGUCAAACAUUGCUCAUAGAGCAUGUCUGAUUCAGUUUUUGAAUUGUGUCACAAUAAGAGCUCUGAGUUGAUUCUCUGAACUGACAAUCAGACCCAGCAAAGUUAUUGACUCACUUGAAAGAGAGGUAUUGUCAAGCAGCUGAUGAUAGUGAUUCAUAAUAUACUGCAGAGUAAACUCUGGUCAGGCAUUUAGAGAGUGAUAUAUCUUCUCAGCUGUAGAUGGUAUUUGUUGUAUUUGAACCAGGAUUGAACGGGGCAUUGAUGUGCACAUCUAGAGAACUGUUCUGUAACAAGCAGUGAGAGUAACUGAGUUGAUCAUCUGGAAAAAAACAGUCAACUAAAGACAUUUCUUGAAGCUCUA